GCGAGGGGGCGUGACCUGACGACCGAGGUGGGCGUGGCCAUGGAGGUGGGCGGGACUUUGCUCCUGGUGGGCGUGGCCUCGGCUUCCGGGCUGCCCUUAUUCUGCCGUUCCCGGGGAGCUCCGGCCCGGAUGCAGCUGCCGUUCCCAUUGGUCGGCGCCCUGCAUGGCGUCCACGUGUUCGGGGCCGGCGGCGGCGUGGGGCUCCGUGGGGCACAGAGCGGCCGUGGGACGCUGGCCUGGAGGGGGGGGGGACAGCGUAACACUGUUGGCGCUGAGUUCGGAGCCCGCGGCCCCGGAGGGUGAACUGAGGGCGCUGCUGGAGCGCGUGCACGGCGCCAUGGUGAUGGUGAUGGGGGCGGAGGAGCUGAGCGCCCCACAUGGCCCCGAGAGGCUCAAGAGGGAACUGAAGCGCUGUUUCCCACUGCUGGACGCUCUGAUUGGUGGAGACGUGGUGGGCGGGGCGCCGUUGCCCCGCCCCUUUACGGCCCCGCCGCGACCGGAAAUGGAGGCGGCGCUGCUGUCUCUCGGGGCGGCGGCGCGCUGUGGGCUGUGCUGCAUUCACGGCUCCGGGGGGCGCCCUUUGGCCGCCACCGCCCCGUGGAGGGCGCUGCCCCGAAGCGACGCCGCUCUACUGGGGGCGCUCGUCACUUCCGGUGCCACCACAUCCGCCGCGGCACGUGACCUUCCGGUCUUCCUGCCUCACGGGAGCCCCACGGUGCCUCUGCGGCUGUUGGUGCUGCCAUUGGUUGGGGGUCUUUGGCUGCUGAUGCUCUGCGGCCCUCAGCCCUCCCUGCAGUGCGCGGCCACACAGCUCGUGCCCCACUUUUUGGGUCCCGCUGUGGAACCGCUGCGGCGCUGCGCCCGACCCCCCCCGGCCCCACUGCCCCCCAACGUCAUGGCAUAUCUCCUCAUUGACCGCCAGCACUGCACCUCCCAUAGCGGUGUGGGUCCGGGGGGGUCACAAAAUUCGCCGCUGCCCCCCCGGCGCUAUGGGGCGGCCCUACGGCGGAUGAAGGCGCUGCUGGUGGAGCGUUACUGCCCCGAGGGGGGGGGAGGAGCAGUUGCCCCCCCCCGGCUGUGCUACGCUGCCCUCCCCACCGUCACCGCCUGCCUUCUGCUGGCCCCCCCCCGGCUGCUGCUGCUGCUGCUGCUGCCCCACAGCGCCCCACGGCGCUGCCUAUGGGGCACAGCACAGCGGGCGCUGCAGGCAUUGGGGGGGUCCUGAAACGUCGCCCCCCCCCCCCCAUGGGGUAAUAAAUGGGUUUCUAUGGG